UCCAGAAUCAGAAUCGAAUUAAUGCGUCAUCGACCGAAUCAGAAUCACAUCCAACACAGUGUUUCUUGUCAAAACAUUGUGGCACUUUACAGCGACAAGCUGCGAGAAAAUGUCUUUUAGCAACUUUUGAAGAACUUUUCCCGUUGGCAUAAAAAUGUUGCAGCAGUAUCCAAUGGACACCUUUGUGGGAUUUCAGAACAGACAGAUUGGCUACAUGAUCGAUGGAGUGUUUUAUCCAACCAUGCAUCCGCAGUAUGAAGGUCAUCAUCUUCUGCAGCGAAAGAAGUCGAAACCGCUUACAAUCAGAGACCCUAACGACUGCAAUCGAGACGUCAUGGCCGAGAUCUUCGGAGAAAGACUGCCGUCUCCACCGAUACCACCAUCUGUUUGGCCUCAAUGUAGCAACGUCGUGGAAGCUCCGGUACCUCCAGACACCACGCCGCCAAAUGAGGUGGAGCUGAGCACAGGCCCUGCUUCAGAGACUUGUCAGCCAAGGCUAAAGCUCCUCAAGAGACCAGGCCUACUCCUCUUCUCCUUCCCUCCUGAGGAGGCUGUGCAGCAGAAAAAAACAGAGAAAGUCAACAGACGGAGGAGGAAAGAACAAAGCCAGACCGAGACUCGAUCCCAGACAAACCCUACAGAAGUGGUCACGUUCUGCAUUCCUCUGAUGGAGGAAGAGAAAAUGGAGGUGAAGAAAGCCAAAAUAGGUUUUGGUGAUUUCUUGUCUGAACACCUGACACCUACACAGCAUCCAGGGGGUGACAUUGUGGAGGCUCCUGCUCUCCUAAAGACCACACCGCCAAAUGAUGUGGAGCUGAGCACAGGCCCUGCUUCAGAGACUUGUCAGCCAAGGCUAAAGCUCCUCAAGAGACCAGGCCUACUCCUCUUCUCCUUCCCUCCAGAGGAGGCUGUGCAGCAGAAAAAGACAGAGAAAGUCAACAGACGGAGGAGAAAAGAACAAAGCCAGACUGAGGUGCACAAGGCAGAACAGCAUGUUUAUUCCAGUACUCGAUCCCAGACAAACCCAAGAGAAGUGGUCACUUUCUGCAUUCCUCUGAUGGAGGAAGAGAAAAUGGAGGUGAAGGAAGCCAAAAUAGGUUUUGGUGAUUUCUUGUCUGAACACCUGACACCUACACAGCAUCCAGGGGGUGACAUUGUGGAGGCUCCUGCUCUCCUAAAAACCACACCGCCAAAUGAGGUGGAGCUGAGCACAGGUCCUGCUUCAGACCUCUUCAAGAGACCCGUCCUGCCCCACUUUUCCACCCCUCCAGAGGAGGUGGUGCAGCAGAAAUACAACAGAUGGGGGAUAAAGAAGCAAAACCAGAUUGGGAUGCACAAGACACAAUCGCACACACGCCUCAGAGAACCGUUCAGCAUCUGCGUCCCUCAGACAGAGGAAGAGGAAAAGGGGGCGGAGAAAGCAGUUGGCGAUCGCUUGCUUUGUGAUGAACAGAAAACAAAGCAGGAAAGCAGAGAUGAUCAUGUGCACCCCUCAGCUCCUGUAAAACCUGCCUGGACACCUCAGCGUUCUUAUCGUCAGCGGCCCAGGAAGCUUACGCUUGGAGAUCUUUUGUCUUUCUCACUGGCUUGCACAUCGACUAAAAGGACCAUCAUCAAGGCAAAUACAUCGCCAGAAAACACACCAUCAAAUGAGACUCUACCGAGGAAAAGGUCCAAAAAACGAAUCCGUUUCUGCCACAUGCCAACCACUGAAGAGAAGCAGAAAGAAGAAAUGAACAAAGACGAACAAAGCCUCAAUCAGCGAUCUGCACGGUCGGAAUAGUCGCACAAACACGAUCAGUUUCCGCUCCCUGCAAACACUUUUACUACAUCUAUGAAUCAUGCCACCUGCAAAAGUUUUCUGAGCACUGGGGUGUAUUAGGAACGGACAGGGCUUGGAGUACAACAAGGAAAUGAGCAGAAUAUUUUAUGAGGAAGCUCAGAUCUUUUAAUAUAAGCACCAAGAUGCUGGAGAUCUUCUGUCAGUCUGUGUAAGCGAGAGCCGUUUACUGUGUUGUGAGUCUGCUGGGUGCAGCAUCAGUGCCAGGGAUGCCAGCAGGAUUAAGGAGCUAAUUCACAAGGCUGGAUCGUUCAUUGGACACAAACUGGAGACUGUUCUCCAUCAUGGCCAAUCCGUGUCAGCAGUGUACAACACAACACGGAGUCAUUGCAACUCAUUCUCUAAAAGACUCAUUACAGGAGGACAUUCUUAUUAUCAAUAACAUUGUAGAACAGCUCACCUGUGUGUGACAGGUGAUAACACGAUCAUGUGACACUACUACAACCAUAAACAUCAUCAGAUCCUUCAUAUUUGUUAUCUACUGACAGUUUACACUUGUGUACUGUGAUGUAAAAUACUGAUGUAAAUAUGGUUACAUUUACACCUGUUUCACUACAUUUAAUUUAGAAUUAUGUAUGUGUGUGUCAUAAACAAUAAUAAUCAGUAUUGGAAAAAGAUUAAACGGUUGCUAAUCCAA